GGAUUCCUAAUAAAUUCAAAACCAGAGAAUGCAUGUGAGCCUAUAGCCCCACCUCCACUGAAAGACAACUCCUCUGGUGCUUUUAUUGUGUUAAUUCGAAGGCUUGACUGCAAUUUCGAUGUCAAGGUUUUAAAUGCACAGAGAGCUGGAUAUAAGGCAGCUAUAGUUCACAAUGUUGAUUCUGAUGACCUCAUAAGCAUGGGAUCCAACGACAUUGAGAUUUUAAAGAAGAUUGACAUUCCUUCUGUCUUCAUUGGCGAGACGUCAGCUAAUUCUCUUAAAGAAGAAUUCACGUACGAAAAGGGUGGCCAUGUUGUGUUAAUCCCAGAGUUCAGUCUUCCUUUGGAGUACUAUUUAAUCCCUUUCCUAAUAAUCGUAGGGAUCUGUCUUAUUCUCAUCGUCAUAUUUAUGAUCACAAAAUUUGUGCAAGACAGACACAGAGCAAGAAGGAAUCGGCUUAGGAAGGAUCAGCUUAAGAAACUUCCUGUACAUAAAUUUAAGAAAGGAGAUGAAUAUGAUGUCUGUGCCAUUUGUCUGGAUGAAUAUGAGGAUGGAGACAAGCUCAGGAUCCUUCCAUGCUCUCAUGCGUAUCACUGCAAGUGUGUGGACCCGUGGCUGACAAAAACAAAAAAAACAUGUCCUGUGUGUAAGCAGAAAGUGGUCCCUUCUCAGGGGGACUCUGACUCUGAAACAGACAGUAGUCAAGAGGAGAAUGAAGUAUCUGAAAAUACUCCUUUGCUCAGACCAUUAGCCUCAGUCAGUACUCAGUCGUUUGGGGCUUUGUCAGAAUCUCAUUCCCAUCAGAACAUGACUGAGUCCUCAGAGUAUGAGGAAGAUGACAAUGACAAUAUUGAUAGCAGUGAUGCAGAAAAUGGAAUAAACGAAGAAAGUGUAGUGGUUCAGCUCCAGCCCAACGAUGAAAGGGAGUACAGAGCAGCAAAUACUGUUUGAGACUACUAGUGAUUAAUAGUUUAUGAACAAAACAGUUCUUAAGGCUAUCCUUUACAAACCUUUGCGUAGGGAAUAUAUUUUAAUCUGUAAUCCAUUUGGUUUACUUCAAUAGGAGCAGCAGUUCAUGUAGUAGUACUAUGGUUAAAUCAUUACAGGUAGAUUUAUUUUUGAUUCAGGUAUUCAGUCACACAUUCUGUCUUCUCAAAAUGAACAGUUUAACUGGACUUCACAAUGCUAAUGAAUAAUGUUAAUAGUUUAU